UUGUCUGCUCUCAGCUGAGUAGUUAACCAAGCGAAAAACAUGACGUGCAAAGAGAAAGUGACGUUUUUUAUCCUUUAUAAACCAAUUUGUUUAAUCAGCAACAUCACUGUUUUAGUUAGCUUCCACAAUAGUGGCUCUGGUGGAAAAAGAACCUUACUCAUCAUCUGGUCCACUGCAAGAAAGGAACCAUGAAAAGGGGUAAGAUGACAAAUGAAAUACAAGUUUUUUAUCUAUAUGUAUGGAUUUGAUGUUUAGUGACUACAAGUGUGUGUUUUUUUCCUCAGAUUUGUUUGCUGUUCUUAUAUUGGUGUACCUGGAGCUUUCCAUGAGGGUCAUCACUGCCCCAAUCUGUGCCUAUGAACAGGCUCAAUGCCAUGUUCCUUCCCUGGCAGAUCUCUUUGAGAGACUCAUCCAACAGUCCUCAAGAAUGCACGGCAUCUCCAGUGAUCUGCACUCUGAAUUUGAGCAAUAUUUAUUUCCCAGGAAGAACCUCGUAGGAAAACGGAAAUGCCACACACAUGGCAUAGUAACACCAGACGAUAAGGAGAAUGCACAAAGGCUUGGGCGAGAUCAACUGACAGAGGUGAUCCUGAAUCUGCUGUGGGCUUGGGAUGACCCCCUGUUUCAGUUUCACCGAAGCAUGUCUCAGGAUCACAAUCAAGACUUCAACCACUACAGCUCCAACAAGGCACUGGAAAUCAGUAAUAUGGUGCGUGAGCUGAGGGAGGGGGUGGCAAAAAUGGCUGAGAAGAUGAAGCUAUUGGGAAUGCUUGGUAACACUGUUGGUUACAUCUCUCCUGAGAGUUUGCUCCCGUCUUCUGCCUUUUCCUUCUACGAACAAGGAGAACUCAACUCAGUGUACCAUCAUGACCUACUCUACUGCUUCCGCAGAGACUCCAACAAAGUCAAAAAUUAUAUUCGCAUCCUGAAAUGCACCACCCUUCCUGGACUGGACUGUUAAUAGUGAGACCUGAGAGAGUCGUGUAGUAUCUUCAAAUUUUGACUAACUAGAUAAGAGUGUUUGUUUCUAAUUUGCUUUAAACUACACAUCAUAUUCUUACUGUGCUGUAUUGUAU